AUGAAGCUCCCCACUGAGCUCCUCUUCCUCGCAUCUCUCCUCCUGUACCCCACAGCAAGCGCUCCAACGCCCUCGAUCAAUCGACGGUCCGCAUCCUUCCCCUCUCUACGCGGCCUCACGGCUCUCGAACACGACUACUCCAAUUCCGAAGCGUUCUCACAUCCUACCAAAUUCUUCCACGAAUCGACGUUCAGCCACCACUACGAUGGGCGCUUCGCAUCGGCCGAGUUACCACACCACUCGCGGCAGUUCCACCUGCGACUGAUGCUACGAGCAUAUACAGAAGCGAUGGCGCGCAUAGGCAUAAGAACAUGGCUCAUGCACGGCUGUCUACUCGGAUGGUGGUGGAACGCCAGACUCAUGCCCUGGGACACGGAUCUUGACUUCAUGGUCGACGAGCCCGGCAUCGACCAGCUCGGGAACUGGUGGAACAUGACGAUCCACCACUUCACCAGCGCUGAGCUCGAUCUGCAUACCGACCCCUCGCCAGACGCGGGCGUCCUGCUCGCCGACGACCAAGGCCUGAGCCUCAAGAAGCUGCAAGAAGACGUCAUUCGCGUAGGCGGCAAGAAAUACCUCUUGGAAAUCAAUCCACAUGCCGCGAAUGCGUCGACGAGAGACACCGAGAAUGUUAUUGAUGCAAGAUGGAUCGACACCGCUACGGGUUUGUUCAUCGACAUAACUACCGUCCACAUCCAACCUGUAUCCAUGGACCCCUACGCCGACGCAGCCUUGUUCAACACCGCCGACGACCAGGAACUCUAUACCAAAGACCAGCACGCGUAUUCCUCAAGCCAGAUCUACCCCUUGCGCGAAUCGAAGCUGGAAAAUGUGUCCGUCAAGAUUCCCUUCUUGUACGAGGAAUUGCUGCUGGAGGAAUACGGCAAGAAGGCGCUGACGCGGACGUGGUUCCAUGGGUGGAAGUUUGAUAAGGAGAGGAUGCAGUGGAUUAUGGAUGGCGCGGAGGAGGUGGUGACGAAGUAUACGGGCGAGGGGUACAAGGGGAAGGGCAGGGAGAAGGAGUAUAUGAGGCUUGCAGGGGAGGAAGCUGAGGUUGGGUUGGAUGAUUUUAAUGGGGUUUGA